AUGCCCUACCAACAAGGUCGCUUCCCAGCCACAGGAAUGGGAAGCUAUGACACACGCCCCGCCGUACCGCCGCCACCACCGACGCCGCCGCCGCCGCUGCAAGCCUGCCUCCUGCGUGUGCACAGUUCCUACACCUUGGCCCGCGGGCCGCCCCCGCGCCUCGGAGGCCGCAUUGUGGGCGGCGCGCCGCUGGACAUCUCCGCGGUCCCGUGGCAGGUCGCCCUGGAGCUCACGGAUGGGCUGCUCUGCGGCGGCUCCAUCAUCAGCAGCACCUGGGUGCUCACUACGGCGCACUACAUUGCCCUCGACGGCUUCGACGUCAGGUUCCUCUCCGUAAGGGCUGGCACCUCCACUCGAGAGAGCGGUGGCACCGUUUAUGGUGUCACUGAAGCAAUCAUCCACGACAGUUUCAGCUGGGUUAAUGGCGAUUACGACAUCGCUGUCGUUGCUGUCAAUGGCUCGUACACCUUUGGACCGAACAUUCAGGCGAUUGCCCUCGCCGAUAUGGACCUUGCUGCUGGCACCUUUGUGAACAUCACCGGAUGGGGAUAUACAGACAUAAUGGGCCCCACGUCACAGAAGCUGCUGGCAGUCAGCACGGUCAUCAUCGAGCAAUCCGCCUGCAACGCCACGUGGGGCGACAUCACGGACAACAUGUUCUGCACGCGCUAUGAGGGCGAGGGCCCAUGCACCGGAGACGGCGGUGGAGCGGUGGUCAAGGACAAGGUCCAGUACGGCGUCUUCUCCCGCACCCUGUGUGCUCUUAACCAAGUUCCCGAAGUCCACACCAGUGUCGCUGCUCUGCGAUCCUGGAUCAGUGAGGCAACGGGUGUGUAGUUAUUUCCGUUACUUGCACUCGAAGCAGAGGACAAUGUAAAAUUUGGAGAAAAAAAUGUU